UGCGAAUCGCAUCGUGGCUAAUUUGUUAUCGGUAUUUAUUGCUGCGUAUUUCAAGGGUAAUAAUUCAGGUUCGUAUGUGCUGAACCUCGAUGUCUUAAAUUACUUUGAAAUAAAAUGACUAUAAAGGUUGAGUUCUUUCUGCUGGAACGAAUCGGAUAUGUCAGCACAGCUUUGCUUAUCCUAAGCUAUUCUAUCUACCGACUUUUUAUGGCUUCAAGAAGUUCAGGUGACAUUUUUUCUUUAAAAGUCCAAUAGCAAAUUCAGUGAAUCGAAAUUUAUUACACCUAGUGAAUUUUAAUCUAACCCAAAAUUUGGUGUUAUCGCAAGAUGUAGCUGAAUUACAAUGGACGUUACUCCCAUUGUGGAUGAGUUUUCUACCUUAUCAGUUUGUUUACUCAAUCGUAUCAUCACUAGUUUUUACUUUGGUGGACAAAAAAAUUUUCAAAUGUUGUCGUAUAAUAUUAUCGAUUUGCCUAAACACUUAUUUAGUGGGUCUUAGAAUCGUAAUGGACGUCUUUUUAAACACAUUAUUCUUCUUAUGUAUCAGCUAUUCAGUUUCUGGAAAUCGUUUUCUGGUUUGGGUGUUUGCGGUUUUAAUGUUCCAAGCAUCUGGAUUCUUUGUCGGUUCAACAAAUAAUAAUAUAUCGCUGCUUAACCUUGAAUCUGUAUCAUACGACUGGUAUACGGUCUUGUAUGCAGCUCAUUUUUAUAUAAUUCUACGCAGUUUAAUUUUGGCGUUGUCAAUUCACAAUUAUAAUUCACCUCCCAUCAAGCCGACAGAAGAAAAGGAAGUACUAAUCAACCGUAGCCCUAAAUUCUCACUAGAAAGUUUAUUAGAUACUUUGGAUUAUUCGUUAUAUCCACAUGCAUUGCUGUUAGGCCCAUUAGUCUUGUAUUUAGAUUGGCUUAAUUUCUGGAAAAAUCUUGAUAGUUUACAUUCCAAUCAUUUCUCGCCCAGUUUCAAAACCUUAUUUUACACACUACUGUCACUUGGUUUCAAAGCUAUUCGAUUACUAUUUUGGUGCUCAUUUUGGUCAUUCUGUCUUUGUAUAGUUUAUCCAAACUCAUUUGGUUAUUUAAUUUCCAAUGCCCAAAUUAAUGACUCAUCUUUACAAAAUAAAACAAAUCAAUAUUAUGUGAUGAUUGAUCGUGGUACAGUUGGCGCUAGUAUUUAUUUACGUUACUUACAUUUUUUCAUAAUGUAUUUACAAUUUUACGGAUGGCCAUAUAUAUUUUCAAAUUUUGAAUGGCUGCUUAUUAACCUGUUACACAAGUUAUCGAAUAUUCUUAAAUCAUGUAGACAAAAUACUAAAACUACUAUUAUUAUCACAGAUCAAACAACCAAAUCUUGCGAUGAUCCAAACCUACUUCAAGCUACGUUUAUGCCUGAACCACCAAGAUGUCUCUUACACUUCUUUCUGAUUUCUGAAUGUUGGCGAUCAUUCGACCGUGGACUGUACAAUUUCAUCAAAUCUUUUAUUUUUAUACCUAUAAUGAAAUGCAAAUUAUCGUCUAGUUAUAAACAUUCAUUAGUUGUAACUGUCUUUCCUGUCAUUAAACAAUGGCUAGCACUUACUGUGUCCUAUUCAUUUGUUCUUUUAUAUCAUGGAAUCGAUGGAACAAACGCAAUUUGGUUAUUUACAAAUCUACUGCUUUUGAUUUUGGAACGUUCUGUAAAAUGGAUUUAUCGAUCUACUGAUUUCGGAUCAGAAAUUCAUCGUCAACUGUCUGAUCGAUGGAUUCGACGUAUUUCAUUGUUACUUUGUACAAUUAGUGGAAUCUUUUCAGUUUUGGGAAAUUUAUACUUUCUAUUCGGUUCGAAAGUUGUAAAUCGGUUAUCUAUGUGGUUAAUAAAUGAUCCAACCCUACGUGUCACAGUAUUUGUAUAUCUCUAUUGUCAGUUGAAUUUCGUCACAGAUUUGAGAAGUCUGUUCCCAUCGAUUAGACCACAUUUCGACAAAAAGAUUCAAUAAUAUGCAAAACGAAUAAUGUCUACAAAUAGACUGUUGUAAGUUUGUAAAAUAGACAGAAAUAUAACACUAGUGUACAGCUAAUGUUAUUGGUUUGCAUAUUAAAGCUUACUAAGAAAUGGAUGAUUGACCC